UUUUUUUGAUCAUAAUAUAAAGCAACAUCUAAGCAUUCAUUUAGCAAUUUAAUUUUUUAUUUAUAAUCUUUUUCUUUUUGUGGAAAGUAGAGAAUUCUUAUAGUUCCAAUUUUUGUGUAUUUAUGUUAAAGUAUGUAUAUGUUUUGUUUGUCUCUUCCUUGCCUCUUGUUUAUUCUAGCGAUCUUUGUCCAACUAAGGUUGGGUUAUCCUGUAAGUACAGAUCAUCAGAUCGAUUAAACAAGCAAGAACGACACACUCACAUUAGAAUAACUGAUUUGUUGACAUAAACCGCGACAGUAGUGAGUUUUAGUCCCUGGAAAAUACCUUACAACGAUUAUUGCGAUACCUCGUACUUGCAGAAGAGCGCCGUAACUAUACCCAAAUUGGAUAGCUGGAUUGAAAUGAAAAAGUCAAAAUCAGAAACCCAAAAGUUGACAGAUGGAUUAGUAGACAUUGGAAACCUAGCUCAAUGGACGUGUUCCAGCGAAAAAAGUGGCUUUCCUAUACGCUUGGUUCGGGAUGAUAAUGUAGAGACUUAUUGGCAAUCAGACGGAUCCCAACCACAUGACAUUCAUAUCAAGUUCGUGAAACGGGUUUCCGUAAAAUAUAUAAGUCUGUAUCUACAAUAUACCUUUGAUGAAUCCUAUACCCCGGACAGACUUCGUAUCUCGGCUGGUACAGGUUUCCACGAUUUAGAGCUCGUCACCACCGUUCAGCUGGAAGAACCGACUGGAUGGGUUCAUGUCCCAGUGGGUGAUUUUGGUCGGAAUGGUCUACUCGAUGCUAAUCUCAUUGAAGUUAAAAUCCUCGGAAAUCAUCAAAACGGUAAAGAUAGUCAUGUUCGCCUUAUGAAGGUUUAUGCCCCAGAAACGCACUUCAAUUUCUCCAUUGAUGAACUUCCAUAUACAAGCACCCAAUUCAAAAGCCGAAACCAGUUACGGUAAUUCUUUUCUUUGGUAUCUCCGGCUGGAAACGAAUUUUAUUUUUUAAUGAUUCAAAUCCAUGUGUUACGAGACUACGAUACGAGUAUUUGUAAGCCUAAUUUAAAGCUGAUACGCUUAAACUCUCAUUAAGAUAUUAGACUAGGUAAAUCUCUCUUUUAGUCCCCCCUUUUACAUUUUUGUGUGAUUGAGUAAAGACAUGUGUAUUUUUGUUCAUACUCAAUUAGUAAGUACUGAAAAGGAGAAUAU